AUGAUGCAGCAGAUGCAGCAGGAGCCGUGGAACGCCGCCGCCGUUGGGCUCCUCCGGCCGACCAAGUCGGCGCCCUGCUCGCCCAUCAAGCCGGCGGCGGCGGCGGCCAUGCUGCGGACCCACUCCGACUCCUUCCACGUCGCGCACAAGGUGCCAGUCGGCGACACGCCCUACGUGCGAGCCAAGCGCGUCCAGCUGGUGGACAAGGAUCCGGAGAAGGCGAUCGCGCUGUUCUGGAGUGCGAUCAACGCCGGCGACCGCGUCGACAGCGCGCUCAAGGACAUGGCCAUCGUGAUGAAGCAGCAGAACCGCGCCGAGGAGGCCAUCGAGGCCAUCAAGUCGCUGCGCAGCCGGUGCUCUGACCAGGCGCAGGAGUCCCUCGACAACAUCCUCCUCGAUCUCUACAAGAGAUGCGGGCGGCUGGACGACCAGAUCUCGCUGCUCAAGCACAAGCUGCAGCUGAUCCACCAGGGCCAUGCCUUCAACGGCAAGCGGACCAAAACGGCGCGCUCUCAGGGCCGCAAGUUCCAGGUCACCCUCGAGCAAGAAGCCACCAGGCUCCUUGUAAGUGCACACAUUUCUCAAGGAGAACUACACGGAGGCGGAGGGGCGUACCGUCGGGCGCUGCUCAUCGGGCCGGACAACAACAAGAUGUGCAAUCUCGGCAUCUGCCUCAUGAAGCGGGGCCGCGUGCUCGAGGCCAAGGAUGUGCUCAAGCAGGUACGCCCCGCAGCGGUCGACGGUCUGCGCGGCGCCGACUCUCAUCUCAAGGCCUACGAGCGCGCGCAGGAGAUGCUGCGGGACCUCGAGACCAAGCUCGUUGGCCGCCCGCGGGCUGACCAGCUCGACACUAACUGGCUCUUUGAUGCGCUGCUGCUGGGAUCGUCCUCAAGCAUCUGGCAGCCGCAGCCUUGCAUCGACCACUUGCUGCCACCUCCGGCUCCAGCUCCGGCUCCAGUUUCGGCUCCAGCACCAGCCCCGGCGCCGCGCGACCGCUUCGCCGACGAAAACGCCAGUGUCAGCAAGAAGCUGGCGGCGAUCCAGGCGAACAUGCUUAAUGUGGACGCGCAGCCCUUCUACUCUCUGCGGGUGCCGCCGCUUGCAGCGAAGCCUCAUAACACGCUGCCUCAGCAGCAGCAGAAGCCACACAACACGCUGCCUCAGCAGCAGCAGCAGAAGCCAGCUCCUGUCCAUGAUCCCUUGGGCAACCUGAAGCGGACACGGUCCGGCAAUUGCAUGGACAAGGAGCAGAGCAUCGACGAGAACAGCGGCAGGAGGAAGUCGCUCUCAGCUGAGGACAGAUGGCCAGAGCUGCCCGACCACAGCGCAUUCGACGAGGCCCUCGUCGCGGCUGUCCUGGGCCCAGUGCUCGACGACGAACCUGCUGAAGGGAACGGCCACGGCAAGCUGCCGGCGAGCUGCGACACGAGCCCAGCGGUGAAAGGAAAAGACCGGCAAGAGGCUGAGGAUCUUCCAGGACAUCACACAGACAGUGAACAAUUUCUGAUUCGUUUUGGUUUUCUUCACUUUCCUACUCACAGCAGGCGGCAGGCUUGA